AAAUCCAAAAUGGCGGCCUCGGCAGUGAAAUGUCCAAAAACUGUUGUUUUAGCCAUAGAUCGGAUUUGUUCCUUAUGUGGUGGUUCUUGGUUAUCCAGAUUAAGAUAUCGUAUGUUCUCGGACUCCAAAUUAGACGACAGCAGUACGCAUUUUGGCUUUGAGAAGGUAUCAGAACAAGACAAGGCGGAGAAAGGUAGUUAAACAUAAGCUGUAUAAAUUCAAUACGGAUAGAGCCUUGUUUUGGUCUUGGCCUUGAGUUAUAUGGUGAACUAUGAUCUAAUAGCGUUAAAAUAAUCCCAUUAAGCUAUCGAGGGAGAAAAUCGAUUCCGAUGAGGUAGCUCUCGAGCAAUGCCCUGGCAAUGACCUGUAUUUAACGAAGUCCUAGGUAUAACGAACGAUUUUCUUUACCCCAGUAGCAGUAAAAUAUAUGAAAAAGAACCUCUAUAUGACGACACCUCGUUAUUAUAGCGAAUAAAAAUUGGCCAGACCCUUCAUUAUCAAGGUUCUACUGUAGUCAUGUGAUAUCAGGAAUGCCAACCUCUCGACAUCUGUAAAUUUCCCACCACCUGCUCACAAGUUCAACUUACUCCAAACCGCCAAAGCCUUGACACACCCACAGAUGCAACCCAGCUCCAACACUCAACAGUAAGAGAUUGUACCUCCCAACUUUUAAUAUUUCACCAUGUAAUUUCAUAUCCAUGUUACCCAAUUUUAUGACAAAAUCAGAUGACUUUUCCAGGGGGAAGGGGGGCUCUCUUGGAAAUUCUGGUGGGGGUGUGCUGUCCGGUUCUCCAAAUCCUGACCCUAUUUCAAAAAUGUCAUUUUGACACCCGUUUCCAGACCUGGCCUCUGAGAAAUUAUGUCAUUGUUACUUAGAUUAGACCGCCAACAAAAAAAGAAUUCUUAAAAUCCAUUUCAAAUUCACAUAUUUCACUUUCUUUCUUACUGUUUUGGAAUAGAAACAAUAAAUACAUUCAUACACUCCUAUAGUUCCCUCGAAAACCAUAAUUGAUUCCAGACAAACAGGGGCAAAGUCUAUACCCAUUUUCAGACCAAAACGGCACAAAAACCCCACCCUUUGGGGUGGCACCAGCGUGCAAAGAAAGUAGUGUCUGAUAGCCCGGGGCUAGCGGAUUUUUCUAUGGGGGUAGUGAAUCCUGUUUUUAACUUACCCGACGGGCAAGUGAUGUUUUUUGAGGGAUUUGAAUAACAGAAGAACUGAUAAAUCAAUAUAUUAUUCUGCUUGUCAAGAAGCUUUCGGGGCUAGUUGAAAUGACAUCUGGGCUAGUAAGUGCUAGCUUCAGCUUGCCCGAAUGGCAAGCUGUAAAAAUGAUUUUCUUUGCACCUUGGGCACAUACCUAUAUAGCUUAUAUCAGGGAGUACCCUCCCCCCACACACACCCCCAAGUGACUUCCAAAUCAUACCAAAGACAUUCCAGUGACUUCCGAACAAUAGUGAAGAAUCCCAAAGUUGUUCUGAUAAUUUCCAAGGGUUGCCAAAUAUAGAAGUGCAAAGCAUCAAAUCUUGGGACCACCUUUGCGAGAUCACACAAUUAUCUUGGUAGUAUCAUCGAGUCAAGGUAUCUUGCCAAGAUCGAGCCUUUAUACUCAAGAUUGCUCAUGUCUUUGCAAGAUAACUUAUUUGGUGUGAUGGAAGUUUUCAACCUGCAGGCAUGUGACACAGGCAUACUGCUUGUGGGUUGGCAGGUAUAAAAGAUGCUCAAAAAUGCUGCCAGAAACCAUGGAGGAUGUAAUCUGGGCCCAGUUGUUCGAACACCAGUUAGCACUAAACCGGGGUUAAAUUUUAACCUGGCUUUCUUUUUCUUGUUAUCAAAUAGUUUUCUCUAUUCUUGUUAGAGUAUCCAAUCAUCAAAUUGUUGGCAAAGGGAAUUAAACUGAAUUUGCUUUUUAAGCUCUAAUAUCGGAGUUCAAAUUUUGUACUAACCCUGGGUUAUCUUAACCUAGCUUCGAACAACCCGACCCUGGUGUACAGGUAUUACUAAAGGUUCCAUAACUCAUACCCAGUCCACUUUAAAUCAGCACCAGCACACAACAUAGAUAUAUAAAAACUGAAUUUCAGGGAUUUUGCAAAAUAUUGGUGUUAAAGGUUUCGCCUUUUGUCUAAAAAAAAAAGUGCUCAAAAGUUACAUUUACUUUGCUCUGGCAAUCUGACAGAGAGAUCAAUAGGUUCAUUCAGUAUUCAGGAGAAUCCCAGAUAUUUUUUUGGAUAGUUGGGAUAUUAUUAAUAUAUAAAAUACAAAUAUUCAGUAUAAAUUAGUUAAAUUUGCUAUCAUUCUUUUGUCUCCAGUUUACAAGGUGUUUGAAAAUGUUGCGAGCUCAUAUGACCAAAUGAAUGACGCAAUGAGCUUUGGGAUACAUAGAUUAUGGAAAGAUAGACUGAUAAAAGUACUAAAUCCUCCAUCUGGAACAAAACUAUUGGACGUUGCUGGAGGCACAGGUAGUUUAUUACCUUAUUGUACACAGACCAACCAAGGUCACACUGAAUCUUUCUGGAAUGCUAUUACAUUUCACUGAGAAAAAAGCCAAUCAAGCGUGAGAAAGCUAAACUACAAGUAGCAACGGUAACUUGUGGUUUUGUGGUGUGCUUCCUUGGUUGUGACUGCUUACUAUGUACACUUUUAUCUGGGAAAUCUGGAGUGUAUGCAGACAAUACUCAGGCAAUCACCAUUCCAUCCAAUGUCCAACACAAGUCCAGCUCUGCAACUUGAAAUUUUCACCUGCCUAAAUUCAUCCCUGUCCACACUUCUUGUGAUGCUUUCAAAUUCAGUUUGCGGCCAAGGACAAUAAUUGAAAAUAUAAGGUGGUAAAGAAUUCCAGUCAUAAUUAUUAUUAAUGAUUGGAACUCUUUACCACCUAAUAUUUUAGACAUUGAUUAGACUGACAAUUUUAGACUUGCUGCAAAUUUAAUGCUUUUUUUACUUAAUUUGGCUGAUCCACUGACUUUUAACUUUGUUUUUUGAUUAUUUAUUUUAUUUUAUUUUAUUUAUUUAUUUUUUGUAUGUAGAUGUAGAUGUUUUUCACCGAGGAAAUUUUAGCAGUACGGCAUUGUAGGUUGAUUUGACCAGAAACAGAUUUCCUUAAUCAUAAUUGGGAAAAAUGUCCUCUUAGCAAGCCCCCUUUCUCUACCUCUCUUGGUUCCUGGGUCUUCUAUUUGUUCAACAUUAGUAUAAACAUUAUGUCUCUUGAAUUUGUUUCAUACAGGAGACAUAGCUUUCCGGUUUCUCAACCAUGUGAAGAACAAACUCCCAAGAAGAAAAGCACAGUCAGAAACUUUUGAAGCCCAUGUUACUGUCUGCGAUAUUAACAGAGCCAUGCUCGAGGUUGGCCAAAAGAGGGCUGCAAGAUUCCAUCAUACUUCAGGUAGAUGCUUUUAGCCAGCUUUGCACCCCAGGGCAGUUACAGCCCACAUGUUAAAGGGGUGCAGAUGUGUGUUGGAAGAUUGGAAUUAUAUGUUUAAAGGAGACAAAUUUGUCUUAAACACACAACCCAAUAAGAGCCAAUAUAUAAGCUGUCAUAAUUCAAACGAUUAUUUGUGUCAUCCUUUUUGACAUUCUUUAGUUGUCUUCUUUUUUGUAUGUGUAACAAUACCUGUGUAAAAAAACUAAGCUAUUUCCAUCCUGAACACCCUUUGUGACCAAAACCUACAAUUUAUAACUCUAAAAAACAAUGGGCAUCCCCACUCCUUAUGAAAUAUAAGAAACAUUUUGUUUUUGCUCAAGAUAGAUUUGCCUGCAGUGAAUUCAAUAAUAAGGUAUUUGAUUUGCUUUCCUCUGAGGUAGCUAUUUCAUGGAUUGAAGGAGAUGCUGAAGACCUCCCUAUAGCUUCAUCAUCUGUUGAUGCUUUUACGAUAGCAUUUGGGAUUAGAAAUGUUACAAGAAUACACAAGGUAAAUCUUGGGAUGCUGCACCUUAGCCUGCUUGCAGAUUUUCUUUUUGGGGCUGCAAGCAGAAGGCGAGCAAAUGAGAGAUGUGAGUGGCUGGGUUGUAACAUCUCUUGUGAGUACCAUGAAGCAAAUACACAUCCCAAGUGGAGAUUUUGCUUGCAGGGUAUUGAUGCUACAAGUUCAUGAACCCUAGGCUAUACCAGUACUUUGUAUUUGUAAAUAAACAGCAUUAUUCAAAACUGAUGUAUAUCAUCCUGUACCUUAUAUCUUGUGAUUAUUUUAAAAAAUAAAUGCUUGUUUAGUUGGGCUUGUUCAGAAAUACUGUGGGGAAAUUUAUUACAUCAAUUACAGGUAAUGAGACAUAAGGAAAUAUUCUUUUAAGACAAAAUUUCCUCAAACUGUGAACAGAUUCUCAUUAUUAGUCUGAAAACAAAUGUAUAAGGAACAUGUCCAGGAUAUUUGAUAUUUUGGCUUAAAGGGUUAACUCAGUGGCCACCUCUUCCAAAUGAUCAUCAGAUGUUACCCCACAGGAGACAGCAGAUUAGUUCAGAGUCAACAUUCUUGAUAGAUUACUUUGUAAAUAGCUCAAAUGUUUUUAAAAUGUGUAACUUUUCAGUUUGCCUCUUUUAACAUCAGGCCUUGAGUGAAGCUUACAGAGUUCUAGCUCCUGGAGGAAGAUUUCUUUGUUUGGAAUUCAGUGAGGUUCAAAACAAGCUUAUAGCAAGGUAUUAUUCAGUUGUACUACUCAAUUACAUGAGGCUAUCUUAAUCAAUAUAAUUUUGUUACUAUAUCAUGAUUUCUAGGACUUUUUUACAUCCUAGUUCCCCUAUAUUUUGUUGAGUAGAAAGAGCAAUUUUUCGCUGAAGCUCUCAGUCAAGGGAUUUGGCCAAAAGUUUGAAAACCUAUUAUUAUUUAUAAAUAUUUUGAGACAAGUAUUUUUACAUGUUGCUUUUUGAACUUACAGCGCCUAUGAUAAAUAUUCCUUUGAUGUUAUACCAGUAAUGGGACAUGUGAUUGCUGGAGAUUGGAAGUCCUAUCAGUACCUGGUGGAAAGCAUUAGACAAUUUCCUAACCAGGUGUGUAACUUGUUUGGUUUUCAGGAAAUGCUGUUGGGUGGUUAUUGAGGGUUGUACCUGGUGGGGGGGGGGGAGGGAGAGGAGGGUUCUGGCUCUGUUCAUCUACCAAAAAAAUAACCAAUCAGGAAUUGCAGAGAUCAAAAUAAGUUUUCGAGUCACAUUAAACUACAUGUAAAGUACUGCUUUUUAUCCUUUUCUUUCACAAAGAAAAAAGUGGCAAAAUAGUGUCUGACAAAACAGCAAAGUGGCAAAAAGGAAAAGAAAGACUGCGUACAGCAUCCUUACUCUUUUUUGAUGGUGUUUUCAUCUUCAGGAGGUCUCAAAACUGAAAAUCACGGGGAAAAAAGUUACAAAAUCAGAAAUACCACAAAUGGCUUAAUAAAUGCCCACCUCCAAAUAAACGCUUCUCAUCUAAUAAACGCCUCCUCGAAACUGUUAAAAUUGUAUUAGAUCCCCCGUCUCUAAUAAACACCUCCUGUCUGAUAGAUGCCCUCCUGUGGGAAUUACUCCAAAGUACUAGGUAUUAGCAGAGUAAAAUCAUUCAAUUCAUUCAGUUUCUUGCUUGAUCAAUGAACCAGGCGUCGCGCAUUUCAUCUUGUUCCAUGUCAAUUCCAAAGUAAGGAUAGAUCAACUAUCAACCCCAAGCAAGGAUUCUGAAAUCGAUGCUGGGAUUUGAAAGAGCAACAUAAGUCUCAAGAUGGCCUACUUGUAUCAAUCAUGAUUGAGUGGAUAUUCUGCUAUUUUUAAACUACCUUGAUAAAAAGCUUAUUGGAAUAAACACCUGUCUGUUUUAAACACUUCCCAUCUAUUAAAUGCCCCUCCUUUGACCACUGAAAUUAAAUAGAUGCCCCAAGCAUUUAAUAGGAUAUUAACAGUCUUGAUUAAUAAUUCCAACACAGCAAGUUUUAUGUUCACUGAGCUUGGGCUGCCCAUGGCUAUCCAAAUGCUACAUAUUCUUAUGUUGAUGACAAAUCUGGAUGGAGUGUUACUUUAUGAUCUAUCCCUCUCUUUCACACCCUGCAUCUCCACAUCCACCCCACCCCUAGGAUAAAAAAUGCAGUUAUUGUCCUUUUGUUUGACCUGUCCUUUUAUUUUCUCAAAUCUUUUGUGCUUUAUAGGAGGAGUUUGCAAGAAUGAUUGAAGAUGCUGGAUUUCGUCAUGUAACUUAUGAGAAUUUGAGCUUUGGAAUAGCAGCCAUUCACUCAGGCUUUAAGCUACCUUAAUUGGUUGAAGUCGUUUAUUAAAUUAAUACGAUGUGAGUUAAGACUUAAGAAAAGUCAUCAAUGGACAUUUUUACAUGUAAGAAAAAACUGUGUAAAUGGGUAAUUGUAUGAUUCUGUUCAAGAUAAGCUAAGUUUCAGGACUAAAGGAUUACUGGUAUUAAACAAUACAGUGAAACCUCUAUUAAGCGGACACCUUCGGGACCUUCCUAAGUGUCCGCUUAAUAAGGGUUGUAAAAAUUGUGCAAUGUUUGUUAAUGAUCAACAUUCAACAGUUACUCUGUACCGUAAUAAAGUUGCAUGUUGUUAAAGAAGCUAUCCAGAGUUCAAGUUCGUUACCUUGCAUUACCAACUUUUUAUUUGUUUGUAAAUGCAAAAACACUAACUGUCUUCAGUACGUAUUUCAAGGACAUAAUUCAAUACUACUAUUGUCAAUUCAGUCCGGUGUCCGUUUAAUAGAGGUUUUUAACAAUAGAAAUUAGCCAAAUACAACUUAUUUUAGUGUCCGCAUCCACUUACUAGAGGUGUCCUCUGAAUAGGGGUUUCUUAUAAAGGGAAUUAUGAGACAUUUGUUUCGGGACCUGGCUUAGUGUCCGUUUAAUAGAGGGUGUCCACUUAAUUAGGGGUCCGCUUAAUAGAGGUUUCACUGAAUUUCUUUGCCUCUGAAGUUGUUGCAAUUCUUUUUAGUAAGGUGUUGCCUCAUAAAAAAGCCUUCUGGAAAACACCACUGUGGUAGGUUUUGGGAGCCUGUGAGAAGCCCAACCAUUGAAAUUUGGAC